AUGACGCCCUGCACUCUGUUGGUCGCAUCCAACCUUCAUCAAGAGUUAUCUGUGUCCAGGUAUCAGUUUAUAAGGGAGAACAAAGAAGAAAAAUCUCAGGAGACACUAGAAAAGUACACACCCCACAGACCCAUCACGAAGCUGCCACCGAGAGCUCAAAUAAAGAACAAGACUGCUGUCAGGACAGAGGAGCGGGGCCAGCAGAGUCAGAACAGUGAGGAAGCCAGAGGAGAUGGGGAGAAGAAGAGAAAGGCGGGGCCUGUGGCAAAGACACUUGUUCCAGAAAGUUGGGGAAGAAAAUUGGCAGCCACAGCAACACUGUUAACAAGGCUGAGAAAGAAAGCGACCAGCAGAGGAGCUGUUCCAGCCAAGGAGAAGGUGGCCCAGGUCAAGCCCUCCCCCUCCUCUUUCCCUCACCACACCACACAAAGAAGGCAAAAGCUGAAGGCAUCCAACUUCAAGUCUGAGCCUCACUGGGAUUUUGAGGAAGACUACCGCUUGGAUGUGGGGGGCCUGCAGACGACCUGUCCCGACUCUCUGAAGAUCAGGGCCUCCAAGUCACCGUGGCUCCAGAAUAUCUUUCUGCCCAACCUGACUCUCUUCCUGGACUCUGCACACUUCACCCAGGGCGAGUGGGACCGCCUGGAGCACUUUGCACCGCCCUUUGGCUUCAUGGAGCUCAAUCAGUCCCUGGUACAGGAGGUGGUGACCCGCUUCCGACCCGUACCCCAGCAGCAGCUGCUCCUGGCCGGCCUCCCCCCGGGGAGCUCCAGGUGCAUCACCUGUGCCGUGGUGGGCAAUGGCGGCAUCCUGAACGACUCCCACGUGGGCCAGGAGAUAGACAGCCACGACUAUGUUUUCCGACUGAGCGGCGCUAUUACUAAAGGAUAUGAGCAGGACGUGGGGACGCGGACAUCCUUCUACGGCUUCACUGCCUUCUCCAUAGUCCAGUCGAUCCUCACACUGCGUGGUCGAGGUUUCCAGCAUGUGCCUCUGGGGAAGGAUGUCCGAUAUCUCCACUUCCUGGAGGGCACCCGGGACUACGAGUGGCUAGAAGCGAUGUUUUUGAAUCAGACCAUGGCAAAAACCAAACUUUCCUGGUUCAGGCACAGGCCCCAGGAAGUGUUCCGGGACGCCUUGGACUUAGACAGAUACUUGCUGCUGCACCCAGACUUCAUCCGUUACAUGAAGAACAGGUUUCUGAGGUCGAAGACCCUGGACACUGCUCACUGGAGAAUAUACCGGCCCACCACCGGUGCCCUCCUACUGCUUACCGCCCUUCAUCUCUGUGACAAGGUGAGUGCCUAUGGCUUCAUCACCCAGGGCCAUGAGCGCUUCUCUGACCACUACUAUGAUACAGUGUGGAAACGGCUCGUCUUUUACAUAAACCAUGACUUCAAGCUAGAGAGAACCGUCUGGAAGCGGCUGCACGAUGAAGGCAUCAUCAGGCUGUACCAGCGUCCAGAAAAUCCGAAGGAGAAGAGCUGAGCAGCCAGGCUUCAGCAGUCUCCUGGAUCACACAGGGCCCGGGGCACAAGGAUUCCUCAGAUGUCCCCAGCCCUCUCCCAGGACUCUGACCUGCUCCAAGCCCCUCCAGAGCCCCAAGAACAGCUGUGAGACCGAGGCUUUGGCGCUCUCUGGAAAGUCACUGCAGGCUCUGGGAGUUUCUUGCUCAAACCCCACACUUAGAA